AUGUCGCGGGGACGUUUCAGGCCCCGGCUGCAGGGCGGCACCGGCCCCCCGCUCCCCACAUUCUCUGACACAGGCAGCAGAAAAGAACAUGUUAGAAUCACAACUGAGUCCAAACCAGGGUUCCUGGAGAGGCUCAGCGAGACUUCUGGAGGCAUGUUGAUGGGGCUUGUGACAUUUCUUCUGUCUUUCUACCUUCUUUUUACCAAUGAAGGACGAGCUUUAAGGACAGCCAGAUCUCUUGAUGAGGGACUUUCUCUUGUGAUCCCUCUUCAUAGCAUCCACACUGUGUCUCAGCAGAACGAAGGAAGAUUAGUGCACUUAGCUGGCGCUCUGAGUACAUCUAAGCCUUUGUUUGAUCCCAGCUAUGGGCUCUCCAUCCAGGCUGUCAAACUUAAGCGUAAUGUGGAAAUGUACCAAUGGGUAGAAUAUGAAGAUUCCACGGAAUAUGAAGAGAAUGGUGAGAUUAAGAAAGAGACAAAAUAUUCAUACAACACUGAAUGGAAAUCGGAAGUUGUGAACAGCAGAAACUUUGAUCGAGAAAUUGGACACAAAAACCCUAGUGCCAUGGCUGUGGAGUCUUUCACUGCUGUUUCUCCUAACGUCCAGGUUGGCAGCUUUGUUCUUUCCAAGGGUCUUGUGGAUAAAAUUGAUGACUUCAAGCAGUUGAGCUUGUCAAACCUUGAGGAUCCACAUGCUGAUGUUACCCGAGGAGGAGAUUAUUUUUACCACAGUGAGAACCCCAGGCGUCCAGAAGUAGGAGAUCUUCGUGUCUCGUUCUUCUAUGCAGGUCUGAGUGGAGAUGACCCACAUUUGGGCUCUGCUGAUAAGGUGACUGUAAUUGCUCGCCAGCGAGGUGAUCAACUGGUUCCAUAUCAUACCAAGUCUGGAGAUGUCCUGCAGAUUCUCUACCCUGGGGAUCUCUCUGUGGAGGAGGUGUUUCAGAAAGAGCAUGAGAGUAACACCAUGAAGACCUGGGCCCUCCGUGCAGCAGGCUGGCUGGCGAUGUUUGUAGGCAUCAGCCUAAUGACCCGAAUUUUUUACACUUUGGUGGACUGGUUUCCUGUUGUGAGAGAUCUUGUUAACAUUGGAUUAAAAGCAUUUGCCUUCUGCGUAGCCAGUUCACUGUCGCUCCUGACCAUUUCCAUCGGCUGGCUCUUCUACCGCCCUCUCUGGGCGUUGCUGAUCGGGUUGCUCUCUGUAGUUCCAAUUGUGGUUGCAAAAUCUCGUGUUCCGCCAAAGAAGCAGCAGUGAGAAGGAGGUGGUCGGGUUUUGCACUGAAUCCUGGUUAGAAAUUUUUCAAGUGCAUUUCUGUCCCGGUUACUGCAGCGUGCUUGCGGCAUAUCACAGUUCAGCAGUGUG